AUGGAUAUAAAUAACCCUACUUGCUUAAAGCUUCCCUUCCAUUUAGCAAAGCAAGCACUACUCACUCUCACUCUCUCCCCAAUGGCUUCCUUCUCUCCCCUCCUCCUCUUCCUCCUGGUCUCCCUCUCGGCUCUUCUAAUCUCCCCCUCUCAGGCAGCCACCGCCUGCCCCUCCACCAAGUUCAAGAACAACAAGGUCUUCGCCAACUGCACCGUCCUCUCCGCCCUCGACUCCCACCUCUACUACUCCUACAACGCCUCCAACUCCUCCCUCGCCGUCGCCUUCGUCGCCGCCCCUUCCAAGCCCGGCGGCUGGAUCGCCUGGGCCAUCAACCCCACCGGCACCAAAAUGUCCGGCGCUCAAGCCAUCGUCGCCUACACCAAAGAAGACGGCAUCCCGGCCAUCAAAACCCUCAACAUCACCUCUUACAACAUCCUCACUCCCGGAAAGCUCGCCUUCGACUUCUGGGACACCAGCGCCGAGCUCGCCAGCGGAACCCUAACGAUCUUCGCUACCGUCAAGGUUCCCGAGAAGGCGGAGACUGUGAACCAGGUCUGGCAAGUCGGCCCCGGAAUCAACAAAACCACAGGCUAUCUCGAGAAGCACGAGUUUGGGUCUCAAAACCUCGUCGCGUACGGUCCAUUGAGCUUGGUAGCCACCGGGACAAGCAGCACUACCACCACCACAAACACCACUAGUGGCAGCGCCACUAACACCACGAGUGGUCAGAGUGGAGCGCCGUUGAGGAUUGGGGAUGGAGGACACGUGGGUUUGUUGUCUAUUUUGCUUUUGGUCCUUGGGGCUCUUAUUGUUUUCUAGAUUUGGCCCUUCUCUUUUUUUCUUUGUUUUUUGAAGUCGGGUCAGAGAGUUUCGAUUUUCUUGUAUUCCCUCUCACAUGGAGCUUUCAGAUAUUUUUAGAUGGAAGAAUAAUAUUGAUUAUUGUUUAUGAUCAUUCAUCAAUGAGUCCGGUUCAAGGGACAUUAAAUUUGACAU